AUGGAAUUUAGGAGUGGAGAGUCAGCAAAUCCGAGAAAGAGGCCACAUCCCGCGGAAGACGAGAAUGACAACGAUGGCGGGAUGGCCACUGCUGCGGAAGGCUUCUUUGAAGCACUCUCGGAGGCUGGUGUCACCCAUUGUUUUGUCAAUCUAGGAAGCGACCAUCCGGCCAUGUUGGAAGCAAUGAUCAAGGCAAAACAAGAAAAUUCGUCCAAAUUCCCGACCAUCAUCACCUGUCCUUCUGAAUUGGUUGCCUUGUCAGCCGCUCUAGGGUAUGCCCAGGUCACGGGGAUUCCGCAAUGUGUCAUUGUGCAUGUGGACUGCGGUACUCUCGCCAUGGGACAGUCUAUUCAUAACGCCUCAGUGGGCAGAGUUCCGGUUUUAUGUUUUGCUGGACUCAGCCCCUUCACCCAGAAUGGGGAACUCCUCGGCUCAAGGACAGAGUUCAUUCAUUGGCUGCAAGAUGUACCCGACCAGGCAGCAAUUGUUCGGCAGUAUUGCAGGUACUCAGGUGAGAUCAAGACUGGUCGUAAUAUCAAAGAGAUGGUCUAUAGAGCGUUGCACUUUGCAUUGUCCGACUCCAAGGGACCGGUAUACCUUACGGCAGCAAGGGAGGUGCUCGAACAACACGUAGACAGGCGAUUUCUUGGGGAGGAGACACUCAGUCCAAUUGUUCCCAGCGCAUUGCCCGAAUCAGAUGUUGAAUUCAUUGCAACCACGCUCAUGAAUGCAAAGAAACCACUUGUUAUCACAGGAUAUCUUGGCCGUAAUCCACAAGCACCGCCCUUGUUGGCAGAAUUGUGCGACAAGCUACCAAUCGAUGUCCUUGAGUCAGUUGGGUCCGACAUGAGCAUGCGUACUGAUCACGAAGCCUACCUGGGUGUUACCGUCACCACGCACCCAGCAGUGUGCGAGGCGGAUGUAAUCUUAAUACUGGACUGCGAUGUGCCUUGGAUCCCAACCGCUGGAAAGCCACAGAAGGGCACGACGGUGUUUCACCUUGAUGUUGAUCCACUUAAGCAACAAAUGCCACUGUUCUCGAUCAAUGCAACCCGCAGGCUAAAAGUUAGUUGUGAAAUUGCACUCCGGCAACUAAAUGCCUUUAUUGAUAAGAAAGGCAUUGAAAGAACAAGUUAUACUAUAGCAUUUGAGGCACGCGCGAAUCGCUAUUUACGCUGGAGACAGGAUCUACGAGCCCUGGAGUCUCCGUCCCAGGACGGCGCGAUCCGUGUCCCAUACCUCGCCUCCAGACUGCGAUACCACCUUCCGAAUGAUGCUGUUUACCUUGUUGAAGCCGUUAGCAACGCAGGCCUCAUUAUCCAGCAUCUUAACUUGACACAGCCAGGAACACUCGUCGGAAGCGGCGCCGGUGGGCUAGGGUGGGGAGGCGGAGCGGCAUUAGGUGUGAAGCUGGCCAAGCCCGGCGCAUUCGUCUGUGCAAUCGUUGGAGAUGGCACAUUCCUCUUUUCACAAAUGGAGAGUGUCUAUUGGAUUGCUAGGCGGUAUGAUCUCCCAUUCCUCCUGGUCGUGCUAAAUAAUGGAGGAUGGAACGCACCGAAGGUGUCAGCAUUGCUUGUACACCAGGAUGGGUUUUCUUCGAGGUCGAAUAGACGUGACCUUAAUAUAUCAUUCGAACCAUCACCCGACUACCCAGGGAUUGCCACUGCAGCAGGUACAGCUUGGGGUAUCACAGUGAAGGAACAAGACAGGCUAGAUUCAGCUAUUCAGGAGGCUGCCAAUGUUGUCCGAGGAGGCAAGUGUGCAGUCGUUGAUGUUUCAGUUCCAUCAAUAUGGACAGAAGACUGA